UAAUUAUUACAUUACAUAGCAAAAUCAUUGAGUCAUGAAGUUUUCAAUCCGUCCGUUGACUCGGCCCUACCUACACCGAGCCAUGGGACCCUUUUGCGCGAACCCGCGCUGUAAAUAUUCCGUCAUCGCGGUUUCCCUUCCUUGCAAAGGACUAGACCCCGGACCCCAAAUUGCGGAGAUGAGGCUAAAGAUGCAUACCGGCGAUCUCGGUCGCUUCCAAACCUGGAGAAAGAAACAACUCAUAAGAAAGCACCACCCAAUGCCCUCAAUGGAUACAACGACAUUCAAUUCCCGUUCACCAUCACGGUGUUCAUACCACACAAGAUGGCUCCGCUAUCGACUUGGCUGCUCCCACUCAUAUCACUCAUCCAAACCUCCAUCGCAGCAACCCCCCCAACCGUCCACCUCAACUAUGGCACCUUCGCCGGCGCCUACUCCCAACCCUACAACCUAACCUACUUCCGCAAGAUCCCCUUCGCAGCACCUCCCUCCGGCCGCAAUCGCUUCCGCGCGCCGCAACCCCCUCUUCAAAUCAAUGGCACGUACGACACGGACGCCCCCUUCGACAUGUGUCCGCAGCGCACCGUCAACGGCUCCGAAGACUGCCUCUACCUCGGCGUGUACUCGCGGCCCUGGACCGCCUCGCAGCCCCUCCGCCCCGUCCUCCUGACCUUCUACGGCGGCGGCUUCAUCCAGGGCAGCGCGACGUUCACGAUCCCGCCGUCCGGAUUCCCCGUGCUGAACGCCAGUCUCGCCAACGACUACGUCGUCGUGUACUCCAACUACCGCACCAAUGUCUUCGGGUUCCUGCCCGGCGAGAAGGUCGCGAAGCACCCAGAGGCAGACCUGAAUAACGGGUUGCUGGACCAGCGGGCGGCGUUAGAGUGGAUUCGGGAGAAUAUUGGGGGCUUUGGCGGGGAUAAGGGGGAUGUCACGAUUUGGGGGCAGUCGGCUGGGGGAGGAUCCGUGGUAGCGCAGACGAUUGCGGAGGGGAAUCGCGGGAGGGGUUUAUUUAAGAAAGCGAUGGCGAGCUCACCGUUUUGGCCGAAGACGUAUAGGUAUGAUUCGGAGGAGGCGGAGCGGUUGUAUGAGUUGGUCGUGAAGGGCGUGGGGUGCGAUGGGAAGGAGGAUGAGAUUGCGUGUUUGAAGGGUGUGGAUGUGCAGAAGCUGAGGGAUGUGAGCUUGGGGAUUUCGACGAGUCAGCAGUAUACGACGAGCACGUUUACUUGGGGCCCGUUCAUUGACGACAGCUUCUUGACAGAGGGUUUAGCGAGCGUGGUGAAGAGUGGGAGAUUGAAUGCCGGCGCGGUGCUGAGCAGUUACAAUCUGCACGAGGGCGAGAACUUCAUACCGCCUGGUUUCGCAAAUGCUGCUGGAUCAGGGGGGUUCAACUCCUCAGUCGCUAGCUUUGAUCGUUGGCUUGAAGGCUUCCUGCCUCAGUUUGGCAAAGGCGAAUUGAAUAGGGUAAAGGAGUUAUAUCCAGAGAGCGGCGUCGCCGAGGAGAUCAAGUGGAACACGACCUAUGAACGGGCGGGGCUGAUAUACAGGGACCUCAUUCUGGCGUGCCCAGCUUAUUGGCUUGCAAACACCGCACGCAAGGGUUGGUUGAUGGAGUACACGAUCGACCCUGCGAAGCAUGCUUCUGAUACCGUAUACUGGAACACAAUCAAUCCAAUCCAGAAGUCGGAUCCGCUGAUCUACGAGAGCCUUGCAGGGGCAAUGGGCAGCUUCGCACAGACCGGCGACCCUAAUGCACACAAGAUUACCAACGAGACAGUCGUUGGAGUACCAAGUCUUAAAAAGAAGGAACAAUUUGUGGUGCGAAAGAGUGGUCCGGCGAGAGGAAACAUCAGGCUUCUGGAGCGUAGGUGCGACUUUUGGUUGCGAGUGGCGGAUAAAGUUCCUAUUUAGAUUACUGAAUAUGUCUUGCAUAUAAAUGUACAAAGUGGAUAUCGUUCUUCUCUGGUCAGAGACCAAAAUCUACCUGGUUGGGCAAAGCUACGUCCUUAUCGGUCAUGCACCCGUAUUGCAUCCAAAGCGCAGCUGAACUACUGGAGCAAGCGCAACAAUGAUGUAGAUGGUUCAGCUGGCAAUAAUCCUGGCCUGGUAGCAUGGAAUUCUCUUGUGCUGGGUCUUCUAUA